CGGGUUUUAUCAAUUGUCAUGUGACCCAAACUCAGCCAUCUUGUGGAAAACGAGAGAGAGAGAGAGAGAGAGAGAGAGAGAGCCACACAACUCGCAUACAAACCUUGUGCUGUCAGAACAAGCCGAGACCGAGAGACUUCCUAAAAUAGCUUUAGCAGACUGAAAUUGAACACUGCUUGUGUGCUAGUGGAUGGGCUGAAUAUCCUUGGGAGUUGUAAAACAUUAAAGCAGAACUUCAAGGAAGAAUGGACGAGACUCAGACACUUAACUUUGGACCAGAAUGGCUCCGUGCCUUGUCUGGAGGUGGUGGUGGUAGCGGAGGUGGCAGUGUUGGUGGAGGCGGUGGCUGCGGGAUUGCGUCUCCACCCCUCUCCCCCGCAUUGCCAAAGUAUAAACUUGCCGACUAUCGCUACGGGAGAGAAGAAAUGCUAGCACUUUAUGUAAAGGAUAACAAGAUCCCUAUAGACCUACACGAUAAGGAGUUCCUGCCCAUAUUGCAAGAGGAGCCCUUGCCGCCUCUGGCACUCGUGUCUUUUACAGAGGAAGAACAGAGAAAUUUUUCCAUGUCUGUAAACAGUGCGGCUGUACUUCGGCUGGCAGGACGAGGAGGCGGUCCGAUAGUAGGGGCACCAAGAGGCCGAAGUACCUCAAGGGGUAGAGGCCGGGGAAGAGGAGAUGGAGGUUUUUACCAAAGAAGUUUUGAUGACGUGGAAGGUUUUGGUCGUGGAGCGAGGGAGAUGCAUCGUUCCCAAAGCUGGGAAGAAAGGGGAGAGCGGCGGUUUGAAAAGCCAGGUCGAAAAGACCCAGUGGAAGUUUCCCCAGGGCAUUUUCCGAUGAAUCACAUCCGGAGCAACUAUGAGGAUGCUGUCCCAGGCCUACCGAGGAAGCAUGAUUUCACACGCUCAGAGAGUGAGAACUGGCGUUCUUCUCAGAAUGAGGGUCCUCGGUCAGCAGGGUGGCGGGAACUCGCGGAGCAGCGUCGUCGUUUCCCAUUUGAUGCGAGAGAAGAUGAGCGCGGCUACAGGAGGCCGCGGUCGGGUAGCGGCAGCUUUGAGGACGAGAGGGACAGCCUGCCAGAGUGGUGUCUGGAGGACGCAGAGGAGGAGGCGGGCACCUUCGACUCAUCGGGGGCCUUCCUCUCACUCAAGAAAUCCUCCAAGGAGCCGAUCCUGGAGGAGGGAGAGCUGGACUUCAGACCCUUGGAAGAGUGUGAAGAGGGCCUGGAGGAAGAUGACUGUCAGCCCAGGGAAACCAAAGAAAUGGUAGCUGAGGCCAGAAGGGAAUCCGAACAAGAAGAGCCCCAGGUUCCUGCCCAGCCCAACAGAACAGAAGAGGCUGAGAGGCCAGCUGAACGGCAGCCCCCCCUAGAGCUCCAAUCAGAGCUUUGCAAAGUGCCCCUGCGCAUCCCUAUGUCAAACAGCAUGCUCGACUCCCUACCCAUGAACCAUAGUACAACCAGAACAGAAGUAUCUGCUCAAUCACCCAGCAUCCAGCUACCGCAAAAGCCUCUGGAGAUUCCUGUGGCCAUGAACAAUCCUUUCCCUUCAAGUAUAAUGGCACCUAUAGGCAGGCCCACGGCUGUGUCACAUGAUACAGAUGAAGAUGGACUGAAACACUUUGAGCAGGAGGCAGAAAAGAUGGUGGCUUACCUACAGGAUAGUGUGGUGGAUGAUGACAGACUUACAGCAAAGACUUCAGAGAAGCCCAAACCUGCAGGCCUGUCGCUCACCCACGAGGCGGCUCUCAAGUGGUUCUACAAAGACCCCCAAGGGGAGAUCCAGGGUCCAUUCAACAACCACGAGAUGACUGAAUGGUUCCAGGCUGGUUACUUCACGAUGUCUCUCUUGGUCAAAAGAGGAUGCGACGAAGUAUUUCAAGCUCUUGGAGAGAUCAUGAAGAUAUGGGGGAGAGUACCGUUUACUCCAGGCCAUGCACCACCGCCUUUACAGGGGGAUGGUGAUCAGGAGAGGUUGAAGAGACAGCAAGAGCUCACCGCUCUCAAUCUCUACCAGUUACAGCAGCUCCAAUAUCAAUACCUCCUCAGACAGCAGUAUGCUCAGGCCCUGGCCCAGCAGAAAGCUGCAGCUCUCAGCUCAGCACCUCUUCAACAGCAGCAGCAACACCAACAGCAGAUCAAUUUGCUUCUGCAGCAAUACCAGGCUCUCAAACUAAGAGCAUCUGAAAGCCCACUACCUCCUGUAACCCGAUCCCUGUCUGUACCAGACAACGGUUCCGUGUGGGAAAUGCAGAACGCGUCCUCUCAGGCUUCCUGCACAUCAAACGUUCAACAAGCUGCUCCAAACACGUGGGAUGGCAGCAGCGUGUGGGAUUUGCCUAUAGACUCUGUGGCUCAGGCGCCGACCAUCGAGCAGAUGCAACAGGUAGAGAAGUCAAAGUCUGCAAAGCGAACGCGCGAGAGCAAAACAGACAGGUGCAGGUUACGGGCAACAAAUCUGGCUGUCGGAGAAGGAAACCGCGCAGAUGCACGUAAACUUGCCAUUAAUAAAUCAAUGUUGGAGUUGGAGAGGCGUGAUGCAGAAAUGAGAGCCAAAAGGGAGGAAGAGGAAAGGAAACAUCUGGAGGAGGCCCUGAGGGCUCGACAGGAGGAGGAACGCAAACGCUUGGAAGAAGAGGAGCUGGCACGGGAAAAACAGGAGGCAGCAUUAAGACGGCAGCAAGAGCAAGAAGAGGCUCAGCGCAGACAGGAAGAGGAGAGAAUGGCACAAGAGGAAGCUCUCCGUCGAUUAGAGGAGAGGCGGAGGGAAGAGGAGGAGAGAAAUAAACGGGAAGAGUUCCUUCGCAAACAGGCGGAGGAGCGCAGGAAGCAGCAGGAGGAACUUGAAGCAUUAAGGAGGCGGGAGGAGGAAAAGCGAGCGGAGGAAGAGGCGGCAGCAGCUGUUGCUGCUGCUGCGGCAGCUGCUGCUGCUAUGGCCCAACAACAACUGGAGGAGCAGAAGAAGAGGGAGCAGGAGGUCCAAAAGCAGCAGGAGCUACAGAGACAGAGGCAGCAGCAACAAGAGGCUCUCAGGAGACUUCAACAGCAGCAGCAGCAGCAACUUGCACAAAUGAAGCUGCCGUCCUCUUCAAAGUGGGGCCAGCAGUCGGUCAGCGCUGUGAACCAGGCUCAGAGCGCCCUGUCACUGGCUGAGAUCCAGAAGCUGGAGGAGGAGAGAGAGCGACAGACGCGGGAGGAGCAGCGACGUCAGCAACAAGAACUCCUCAAAGUACAGCAGCAGCAGGCCUUACAUCUGUCUCAGCAGCCCCAGUCCAAGUUGUCUGGUUGGGGGAGUGUGGCCAAACAGCCAACUGCUACCAAAUCUUUGCUGGAGAUUCAAAGGGAGGAAGCCCAGCAGAUGAAACAGCGGAAGGAGCAGCAGCAGCAGCAGCAGCAGCAGCAGCAACAGCAGCAGCAGCAACAACAACAACAACAGCAACAACAGCAGCAGCAACUACUAUUACAACAACAACAACAACAACAAGUAGUACAACAGCAACCACCGCCGCCUAGGCAGCAGCAGCCGCAGUCGCAGCCACAGCAGCAGCCACACUCCAUCGUCACCCAACAGGCCUGCUCUCAAAACAGAACUACGUCGUCUCUGAGUAGCUCUGUGUGGGGGUCUGUGAACACCACCAUGUGCCCUAACUGGGGCUCAGACUCCAGCAGCAUCUGGGGUGACACCCACAACGCUAACAUGGGCUUCUGGGAUGAGGCAGUGAAAGAAGCCGUUCAGCAACCUCCUCCAACAAAGAAAGGCAGCACGCAGAAGAACAACAAAGGCAACGCAAACCUCAGCAACUCUGGGAGUGGGCGGGCCAAUAAAAAAGCUGAGGAGGAGGAAAAGCUGCUAAAGCUGUUCCAAGGAGUCAAUAAGGGCAAGCAGGACACCUUCAUGCAAUGGUGCGAGAAAACCCUGCACACCCUCAACACAGCCAACAACCUGGAUGUUCCUACGUUUGCAUCCUUCCUGAAAGAGGUGGACUCCCCAUACGAGGUGCACGACUACGUCAGGGCCUACCUGGGGGACACUCCCGAGGCCAAGGACUUUGCCAAGCAGUUCCUGGAGCGUCGGUCCAAACAGAACGCUAACCAACCGAAAGCGGCGCCGCAGAACCAACAGCAAACCCUCAAGCAGCAGCAGGAUUCCGUAUGGGGCGGAACGGGAUCGCCGUCACUCUAUCAGUCCAACCACACCAGUGGCCUCCAGCAGCAGCGCUUUGAGACGGUCACCUCCGGGAAGAAGAAAAAGAAGCAGAAGAUGGUCCGCGCGGACCCCAGCCUUCUUGGUUUUUCUGUGAAUGCGUCAUCUGAGAGAUUGAAUAUGGGAGAGAUAGAGACUUUGGACGACUGAUAAAGGGAUUGCGGCCAAGCAACUCCACUGACUGUAUCCAAUUUGAACAGCAGCUGUUUUACCCAAACCCCCCUCCCCCUCCACGCCCCCGACCGCUUCCACGACGUUCACGUAUAUUCUCAGUUUCAAAAUGAUCAGACAAACGCUGGUAAUCUCAUCAAUUCCAGAUUGCGAACAAACUGCGAUCUCUGAGGCAGGGUGUUUUCUUCUUGCUCACGGACCAAUGUUCUGACGAAGACCUUCGGGAGAAAUGAACGGAAGCAAACUGGCCAGUGAAACAUCCGACCAUCCGAGAGAGCCAUCGCCAAAUCAACUCAACAGUCCGGAGAGAUCUGCAGAGGGUCUGAUUUCCACCGACCAUCGACUGUCCUGAAACUCUGUGACAACAAAUUAUUCAUAUUUGGACUCUAAUUGUAACUGGACAGAAAUGGGUGGGAUGGUUGGAGUAUUAUGGGAAAAGGGUCAGAAAUUAUAUCCAUUUUUGUUUUUUAUUUAUUGGAAGUCCCCCCCCCAUCCCAACGCUGUGUUCACAUUACAACCAAAAUUGACAUUGCGCAGGUGUUUGUCGACGUAGAAAACAAAAACAUAGGGUUGUUUGAUGCUUAAUGGCGUCAUUGGAGAGCAAAAGAAAAAUUCUGGCGCCAGCUCUGCCUCCAUAUGUUGGCGUUCGGUUUGUAGCUUCAUGACGCCGGCGUCCAUCAAAAAUGACUCGUAGAAUGUGGCCGUGUCGCAGGGGGCGUGAAGGCAGUGUUCCACUUUAAUCCCGCCCCCUCGUUCCUCUUCUCUUUUUAUCCUGGGUGUUCAUGGAUAAUGAUAACAAGGUAGAGCCCAAGGAUUCGUGCCCAUUUAUGUCCUGUUUUAAGGACAUGACAAAAGUUCCAAGUAGUUAUCUAUUUGUUGUACAAUACUAGGCUGUUUGAAGAAUAAACUUUCAACUCUGCAUCUGUAUUAUAAUAUAUGAAAAUGAUCUGGAGUUUUUUUAUUGACGGUAUUAAAUAAAACUGUCUGUGGGCUGUCCA